UUAACAAUCUAUUCUUCCCUUCCUUUCUCUUUGUUGCGUAUGGAGAAGUCUCCACCAUGAAAAAGUCAGCGUCUUUGUUUAUAUAAAAUAUAAUCUCAUCUCUCUCUCUGUGUCUCCCCCUUCUUAGAAACUAUUUCUGGUGCUUGAUUUAAGAACAUCUUUGAGUUGUAGCCUGCCUCCCAUUUCUCACCUAAGUAUGUCUUCGAUGCUUCUGUGGUGCAAAGUCCAUUAGACAGUGCAAAGUUCAUUAGACUUAGAAAGGCUAAGCUUAGAUUUCCACAGUUUCAAACAUUUUAUGAGAUAUUGGAGAAGUUAUGUGUGACUUCUUCGGGGAAAGGAUGGAGAAUGACCAGGGCGACCUAGCUGACAUAGUCCGCGCCGGUGGUCGUGGCAGUCCGUUGAGCACCGAGUUCCCAAUCACGGACUGGCAGCUUCCUUCGGAACCCAUCACCUUCCCGCCGUCGACCGAGGGGCAGGCCGGCUACUUCGGUGACCCCUUCGCCGACCUCCGAGACCCGCUGCUCGACCAGUUCUUCAAUGGCCCGAGCACAUCAUCAGGCCUGGUCAGCAUGAGCUCGGAGGGUGGUAGUGAUGGCGGCGGCGGCGGCGGCGGAAGCAGCAGUGGGCUUGGAGCGCAGAACAUACUGAUAGGGGAGGAGAUGAAGAGGCCUUGUAAUAUCUUCUCGCGGGUGCUCCAGAUAUCUCCGGGCACCGCCAAGACUUCUCCGCUCGCGCCGAGGGCGAUCAAGCCUUCUCCGGCAGUACGCGACGACUUGGUGAAGGUGGCUGGUGGCUCGGUGGGCUUCCAAGUGGAUCCUGGCGCUAGGGUGCAGAUCUCGUCCCCUCGAGCUCCCGGGGUCAAGCGAAGAAAAAGUCAGGCAAAGAAAGUGGUUUGCAUUCCAGCACCGGCAGCGGCGGGCAGCAGAUCUAGUGGAGAGGUUGUUCCUUCUGAUCUAUGGGCUUGGAGGAAGUAUGGCCAAAAACCCAUCAAGGGUUCUCCUUAUCCAAGGGGCUAUUACAGAUGUAGCAGUUCGAAGGGAUGCUCGGCAAGGAAGCAAGUAGAGCGAAGCCGAACUGAUCCCAACAUGUUGGUCAUCACUUACACAUCCGAGCACAACCACCCAUGGCCAACCCAAAGGAACGCGCUUGCCGGAUCUACGAGGUCCCAAUCAUCAAAGAACAGCUCUUCAGCUUUAAAGAACUCUCCUCGUAAGCAAAAACCAGCCACAAGCCAUGAAGAGGAGUCGAUGGCGAUGACGAGCUCAAGCGCUCCUGCAGUAAAAGGAGAAGCGAGAGAGAUGGGGAAGGCCAUUGAUUCAGUCGAAAAUAAUGAAUUCGAUCAAGCGUUCCAGCAGAGCUACAAGGCCAUGAUCCCAGACUCAAACCAGCCCAAUGACUUCUUCGCAGAUUUGGCAGAACUGGAGCCUGACCCUAUGAGCCUUAUCUUCUCGAAAGGAUCAAUGGAAACCAAGCCUGAUGAGGAGAGGGGAGAGAGAGCUUUGGAUCCAUUCAACCUGUUUGAUUGGGCUGGGAACUCAUUUGAAGAAUCCAGAAAAGGUUUAUAGCAAGACAUUGGUACAACAAAACAUCUAUAAGAAACACAACCCUUAGUUUAUUUUACGGAGGUGCAGUUUUGUCCAAGGCCUAGGUAUAAACCUUGAAGUACAAGUUAGGAUCUUGAUGUGGGGGUAAGGAUCUCUUUCUGUUAUUGUUCCUUUUUCUUGUUAUUUAACAAAACAGUCCCUAGAUUAGGAGAAAAAGAAGAGAGGUGUUGGUGAACUGGGAGCAGGCCCAUGCUAGCUAGGCACACAUCCUUGGGAUAUUGGAGGAUGGGACAGAAAGCUGGGGAACAGAAGCUUUCAGCAGUAAGAGCGGGUACACGUCUUGGAUGUGACUGGAAAAGCCUUCACGAGGAAGUUGAGAUAAUGUUGAUAUAGGUUGAGCUUUUCUUUUCACCUCUCUCUCUCUCUCUCUCUCUCUCUCUCUCUCUCUCCCCCCUUCUCUUCUUUCGAAGUGGGGAAAAUAAUUCAAGCCUACUGAGGAUUCCAAAUGAAGGACCCACCAUGGCUUGACUUGCUUUGAUAUGCCAUAAAGAAAGGUGGCCAAAGGAAUUGGAAGAAAAGAAGAUGAGCCUGAAAAGCCCCAUUUUUUAGCUUGUAAUAAAUAUUGUGCUAGAAGGAGAUGAACUUGCAGUUGGCUGGGACUUGGAACGAAGCGAUCAGAUUAUAAUAGCUCUUCUGUUCUUCAGCUCUCUCUUUCCUAUACCCUUCAACUCUUCCAGACAUCGGAGUUCUACUUUCAGUGUAUUGGCUUCUAAGGAUUGUUCUUGAAAACACACUUGCACACCAUAAUUCCGUCUCGAUUGCCCCCCUUAAAGCGUCAUCUUUCCUCUAUAUAUUCAUGCAGUUUUAUAAUUUAUGUUAUAUAUUAUUGGGGGAGCAUAUGUAUGCCUCCGUACAAGUAUCCUUGUUUAUGCGAAUAUAACCAAUGUUAUUUCCAAAACACUUAAAGAUAUCUUCCA